GAUGGGGAGUGCGCAGGCGCCGUGAGCCCAGUGACGCGUCCUGCCCUUUACCGCUGCCCAGGCGUUGCCAGCAGACACGCGAACAUGGCGGCCUUCUCAGAGAUGGGUGUGAUGCCAGAAAUUGCUCAAGCUGUAGAAGAGAUGGACUGGUUGCUUCCUACAGAUAUCCAAGCAGAGUCCAUCCCGUUAAUCUUGGGAGGUGGUGAUGUACUUAUGGCUGCAGAAACUGGGAGUGGAAAAACUGGUGCAUUCAGCAUCCCAGUUAUUCAGAUUGUUUAUGAAACUCUUAAGGACCAACAGGAAGGCAAAAAGGGAAAAACCACUAUAAAAACUGGUGGGGGAGUGCUCAACAAAUGGCAAAUGAAUCCAUAUGACAGAGGAUCUGCUUUUGCUAUUGGGUCUGAUGGUCUGUGCUGCCAAAGCAGGGAGAUAAAGGAAUGGCAUGGAUGCCGAUCAACGAAAGGCGUGACUAAAGGGAAAUAUUAUUAUGAAGUAUCCUGUCGUGACCAGGGUUUAUGCAGAGUUGGGUGGUCCUCUUUGCAAGCGUCAUUAGAUUUGGGUACUGACAAGUUUGGCUUUGGCUAUGGCGGAACUGGAAAGAAAUCUCAUAACAAACAGUUUGAUAGUUAUGGGGAGGAAUUCACUAUGCAUGACACAAUAGGGUGUUAUGCAGAUGUUGAUAAAGGGCAAAUCACAUUCUCCAAAAAUGGCAAGGACCUUGGACUUGCGUUUGAAAUCCCACAGCACUUAAAGAACCAAGCACUCUUUGCAGCCUGUGUCCUAAAGAACGCUGAAUUGAAAUUCAACUUCGGCGAAGAAGACUUUAAAUUUCCACCCAAAGACGGCUUCGUUGCUCUUGAUAAGGCUCCCGAGGGUAACUCUGUAAAAUCCCAGCAUGCAGGAAGUGCACAAGUAGCACAAACAAAGAAUCAGCCAAAUGCUCCCAAAGCCUUGAUUGUGGAGCCUUCCAGGGAACUGGCAGAGCAGACUCUGAACAACGUGAAACAAUUCAAAAAAUAUGUUGAUAAUCCUAAAUUAAGGGAACUCCUAAUUAUUGGUGGAGUUGCUGCAAGAGAACAACUUUCUGUAUUGGAGCAAGGGGUGGACAUAGUUGUGGGAACUCCUGGAAGACUAGAUGAUCUUGUGUCAACUGGAAAACUGACUUUAUCGCAAGUUAGGUUCCUGGUUCUUGAUGAGGCUGAUGGCCUUCUCAGCCAGGGGUAUUCAGAUUUCAUAAACAGAAUUCAUUCUCAGAUUCCUCAGAUAACUUCAGACGGGAAGAGGCUGCAGGUGAUUGUGUGCUCUGCAACUCUGCAUUCGUUUGAUGUGAAGAAAUUAUCUGAAAAGAUCAUGCACUUCCCCACUUGGGUAGAUUUGAAAGGAGAGGAUUCUGUCCCGGAUACAGUGCACCAUGUUGUUGUCCCUGUAAAUCCGAAAAAUGACAAAUACUGGGAAAAGAUUGGUAAAAACCACAUCAGGACUGAUGAGGUGCAUGCAAAGGACAAUACAAGACCUGGUACUAAUUCUGCAGAGAUGUGGUCAGAAGCGAUUAAGAUUUUAAAAGGAGAAUACACUGUCCGCGCCAUUAAGGAACACAAGAUGGAUCAAGCAAUAAUCUUCUGCAGAACCAAGAUAGAUUGCGAUAACAUGGAGCAAUACUUUGUGCAGCAAGGAGGAGGUCCAGAUAGGAAAGGACAUCAGUUCUCAUGUGUCUGCCUGCAUGGUGACAGAAAGCCUCAUGAAAGAAAACAGAAUUUGGAGCGCUUUAAGAAAGCAGAUGUCAGAUUCUUGAUCUGCACUGACGUCGCCGCUAGAGGAAUUGAUAUCUCUGGUGUUCCUUAUGUUAUCAACGUCACACUUCCGGAUGAAAAACAGAACUACGUCCAUCGGAUUGGCAGAGUGGGAAGAGCUGAACGGAUGGGUCUGGCUAUUUCUCUUGUGGCAACAGAAAAAGAAAAGGUUUGGUAUCACUCAUGCCCCAGUCGAGGAAAAGGUUGCUAUAACACCCGACUGAAGGAUGAGGGUGGUUGCACCAUUUGGUACAAUGAGAUGCAGCUGCUGGGUGAAGUAGAAGAGCAUCUGAAUUGUACCAUUUCGCAGGUUGAGCCAGAUAUAAAAGUCCCAGUAGAUGAUUUUGAUGGUAAAGUCACCUAUGGGAAAAGGAGAGCUGCUGGAGGUGGAUCUUAUAAAGGCCAUGUGGAUAUUUUGGCACCUACAGUACAAGAGUUGGCAUCCCUGGAAAAGGAGGCACAGACAUCUUUCUUGCACCUUGGUUACCUUCCCAAUCAACUGUUUAGAACAUUUUGAUUUGGUGCCGAGGUGAGAGUUGGGUUUUAAGCUUCUAGCCUGGAAAUGCGAAAAUCCCUGUAGCAGUAGGACUAUGUUUGCAUAUACAAAUCUUGCAUGCCGAGCAGUCUCUGAAAAAAUGUAAACCCUGAUGAAUUAGCUAUUAGCAUUGAUCUAAUAAAAACGGAACUGCUUAGAACUAUGUAUUUGUGUGUUAAUUGUUUUUUCCCCUACCCUACCAAGAUAUAGGCUUAGAAUACCUGACAUAAAUGCAAGAUCGCUAUUGAUAUAUGUCAGAUGUUGUUGGACUGCAACUCCCAGCAUUCUUGACCAUUGAUGAUGCUGAAGGAAGCUUCAUUCCAACCAUGUCUGAAGAGCAUCAGGUCCUCCACCCUGAUGUGGAUAUAUAGUGAUUCUGUAAAUCUUGAGGUUUAAAAAUGUCAACUGUAGCCUUUAUUUUGUUUCCAUAAAUUUGCUGAAAUCUUAAAUCUUGCCCUCUUGUAAAUGAAAGGACUUUUUUUUUUUGCUCAGCAAAAGUGCUGUGAAUUAUCAGAUGCACUGAUGUGGAAGUGGUUGCUUUACUUUAAAAAUGUAUCUCCAAGGAUUUCAUUUAAAUGCCAUUGCUAGCUUAAGCUGAGAGCAGGGGUGCCAAAAAGGAGGAUCUUAAUGGAAGCACAAACUGAAAUUGAAUUUUGAACAGUGCUCUUCAGAUGAAUAAGAGAAGUGUAUGGAGAAAGUUGUGGCUACAAUGAAUCGAUCAUUUUAAGUGUUUCUCCAAAGAGAACUUCAAGCAAUAUCUAUCUUAGCUCACUGGGAGCCUGUACCUCUUUAAAACUUAGGUAGGGUUCUCAGAACUUUCUGCUUCACAGCUUCUUCUACACAAAUGUGAAGAAGUGUGAGCCACAGCACUGACUUGUAUGUGAAGUGCUUCAAGCUAAAGACAGACUGUAACUGUGUUUCGUUUUGUUGUUUCAAGUGAAUAGGCCAUUUAUUCUGAGAGAAGGCUCAUUUCGCCCUCAGCUGCAUAUGACUUAAGUUCUACGCUUGUGCUAAAUGCAUAUAUAUAUUUUAAUCUGGCCCGAAAGCUGCACCAAGAAUUGAUCUCUCUUAAAAGUUGUACUUGGCUGGGCCAAAAAUGGGACUCCAAAACAAUCUUCUACAGAUUGAAAACUAAGCCUGUGAGAAACCGUGUGGCCCUUACAGAAGUAGAUCUUGAACUCCAGUCAUUCCCAUGCCAAAGUUAAGGCUUCUGUUUAAGCCAUAGGUGGGGAAACUCUGGCCCAACAGCCGCAACAGCAUUGCCAAUGGUCAGGAAAGAUGGGAGUUGUAGUCCAAUGACUCGUGGAUUCCCCAGCCUAAUCUAGACUCAUGGGGACGAUCUGGAAACGAAGGAAUGAUUCAAACUUACAGACUUCAUUCUGGUCACCAAAUCAGGGUUUUGUGAUUUAUUUUUUAAUGACCUUUUAGUACAGGGAUCAGCAAACUUUUUCAGCAGGGGGCCGGUCCACUGUCCCUCAGACCUUUUGGGGGGCCGGACUAUAUUUUGGGGAAAAAAAUGAAUGAAUUCCUAUGCCCCACAAAUAACCCAGAGAUGCAUUUUAAAUAAAAGCACACAUUCUAAUCAUGUAAAAACACCAGGCAGGCCCUACAAAUAACCCAGAGAUGCAUUUUAAAGCACACAUUCUAUUCAUGUAAAAGCAUGCUGAUUCCUGGACCGUCCGCGGGCCGGAUUUAGAAGGCGAUUGGGCCGCAUCUGGCCCCCGGGCCUUAGUUUGGGGACCCCUGUUUUAGUACCUACAUUAAGAAGUUUCAGCCUGAAAGAGUGGUAUUCAACUAAGUUUUACUUAGAGAAGUUCCAGAGAAAUUAAUGAAUGUGACUAAGUUAGGUCCAAUAAUUUCAAUGGGUCCAGUCUUGGUAAAAUUUAAUUGAAUACCACACCAGAAGUAUAUUUAAAGUAACUUCUCUGAAUUCCCCCUUGAACCCUCCCAAAACCACUCCAGUGGUUUGGAAGGCCCUUCAGAACAGAAUGGGAGGUGGUCUGGGGGCUGCAGGGGGGUGGGAGAAUAUGAACAACUUUAUCUUCCCCUCCCUUUCAGCCACCAGGAUCCUUCUACUGAAUCCUAAACUUUUGAUGGACAGAAGGAGCCAUUGUGUUCAUGGAUGAUGAGUUUAAAGGGGGGACGGGAACGACAAGAAUGGAAAUGUCAUUUAAAGAAGCAUGGUCAAUUGUAGAAUAAGUGUACACUUCAGUUGAACCUCAGAAAGAAAUGUUGCGGAGAGUCAUAUUAGCAAAAAGAAAAUCCAUGCAAAGCCCCCAAAUUGCACUGCUUUAAAACAAAAAUAAUUUCUUAGAAUGCAGUUCAUCUGUCAUUUUUUUGCUGGUUCCUUGGGUAGAAUUGGACUUUAUAAAUAUAUAAAGAGAUCCAAGCAUUCCGGCUUGUUGAUUGGAGCCAGUUUUCCAGGGCUACCUAAUUAAAUUUUUCAUUUCCUUCUCUCUUGCAAUCUGCAGGCUGCCUCUUGAUGGCACUAAUGUUUCAUUUUUCCUCAGAGUAAGAACACUGCCUCAGAUAAGUUUACUCAUACUUGGUAACAGUUCUACAUUUCAUGCUAACGUGUAUAAUAAAAUCGGUAGCUUCGAGCUAUUUUCUUAAUUAAAGAGCUUGUGUGUAUGGAGCGAAGAUCUGCAAUGUUAAGAAUAAAAUUCUGACUUAAUAACUGACUUGUUGAAUCAUGUUGUAGCGGCUUGCAAUUUAAUCUAGUAAACUGUUUUAUCUACCUCCCUCAAACACUGCCGAAGCUGCUAACCGAGAAAACCUGCACCUUUAAUUUGUUGCCUUUCUGAUGUUUUCAUAGCUACAUUUACAUACUUGCAUUUGCCAGCUGCUGAGAAUUAGGCCUGAGCAUGCUCAGCGGGUCCACAAGCCGUGGAAUGUUGAGUCAUUUGGGGGGAAAGCUAAAUGGGAGAAAAAGAAUCGGCAUUCUUCAGUGCCUAACUUCUUCCGAUAUUCUGAUGGAAGACAGGAGUGAUAGCAGGAGCCCUGAACUGCAGCCCUCCUGCUGGGUGUUGCGCUGCCAUACAUUGUCAUAUGUCCUGCUAGUUUCUUUCCAACAUGAUCCUAAGUUUUUGCGCCAGUUAUCUACCAUAAUUGUCAAUUUUCCCAUAUGGGUUGGUGUGCAUCAGUCUGAGCUCAUUCAAGAAACGGCAGCCUGUUUUGGACUAUUGGAAUUAGUACAUUUGCAAGGGGCCUCCCUUGAGCAGAACGGGACAAACCUCUGAGUAAAGUUAGGAGUACAGUGGUACCUUGGUUCUCAAACUUAAUCCAUUCGACUCCCGAAACCAUUUGAAAACCCAAGACACGGCUUCCGAUUGGCUGCAGGAGAUUCCUGACCGCAAUCGGAAGCCACAGAAGCUGCAUCGGAUGAAACUGUUCUUAACCUGAGAUACCACUUUAACUAAUGGGGCCUGCUGCGCUGCCGCCGCGUGAUUUUUGUUCUCAUCCUGAAGCAAAGUUCUUAACUCGAGGUACUAUUUCUGGGUUAGUGGGGUCUGUAACCUGAAGCAUCUGUAACCCGAGGUACCACUGUAUGCUGUCACUGUACUUACUAUUAGAGCCACAAAGCUAAGAAGGAGUGGAAAGGUCCUUGUUUUCCUCUCCCAGAACAGAUUCCAGCAGCGGCUAUUCCACCUUGCUGCUGCUGCCAGAAACACAGGGAAAGACUUUGGUACAAUUUCCACCAGCCUCUUUGGAGCAGUAUCACCUUCAGAUCCCACUUAGUGGUCCCACUUAAUUUACAACUAUAAAAUACUUUCCAUGUAAAAAAACUAGGUAGCGUACGUUCUUCUGGCAAAAGGCUGCCAGAAAAAAGACUUUAGACUGAGCAUUCUCUCCAAGUCAGCUAAACAACUUGGGAGUACUGCAGUUCAAGGUGAUGGACCUCAUACCGGUGUAUUGACUAGCACUGAUUUUGGGUCAUCCUGUGGUAACAUUGAGAAAGGUAGGAGAGGAUAUAUUGAUUAAAUAUUAUUUGUCCUCGCUCACGCUAGUGAACAAGCAGCAGAGCACAUUCCCUUGCAGAUUGCUGGGAGCAAGUUGAUGGAUUCAUUAGAAUCCUUUAGCAAUCCAGUCUGGAUUGCUCCUGUUAAGUUUCCCCUUUAUUUCCCUCUUAGAUUAAUAAUAACACAACAGUCUUCUUUAAAAGUAAGAGUAAAGUUUACUGACAUUUAGUUCACAGCAGUAA